AUGGAGCACGGAAACGACAUUGACGGAGUACCAUAUAUCGCGGCCGACAUUGCUCAACAGGCAAAUGUGCUCUGUUUCGACGAGUUCCAGUGCACGGAUGUAGCAGAUGCAAUGAUUUUGAGACGACUGCUUGAGUCUCUCAUGGCAAACGGUGUAGUCCUGGUAACAACUUCCAACAGACACCCCGACGAGCUGUACAAGAAUGGUGUCCAGCGGGAGUCAUUCAUCCCCGCCAUCGAACUUCUCAAGAAUCGUUUGCAUGUCAUAAAUCUCGACUCGCCAACCGAUUACCGAAAGAUCCCUCGACCUCCAUCUGGUGUGUACCACACUUCACUCGACAGCCAUGCGCAUGCACACGCAGAGAAAUGGUUCCGGUUCCUCGGCGAUCCUGAACAGCCUGAGCCUCGACCCGAGACGCAAAAGGUCUGGGGUCGUGAGAUUUAUGUUCCUCGAGUCAGCGGACGAGCGGCAUGGUUCACCUUUGACGAAUUGAUCCGACAACCAAAAUCCGCUGCUGAUUUCAUUGAGCUGGUUCGGGCUUAUGAGGCAUUCAUUGUAACCGAUAUUCCCGCAAUGACUCAUCAGCAGCGAGAUCUCGCGCGACGCUUCAUCACAUUCAUCGAUGUUGUGUAUGAGGGCAACGCCAAGCUUGUCCUCACUACAGAAAAACCCCUUUCAGAUCUUUUUGUUUCCCGAGAUGAGAUCGCCGAAAACCUCAUGAAGCAGGGCGUGAAGCACGAGCACGCGGAGGAUGCUGCUGCCAACCAUGACCUGGUACACAGCGUUGACAAGCUCAAAGACUCAAAUCUCUUUGCCAGUUCUGAAGAGGCAUUCGCAUUUGCUCGUGCGCUUAGUCGACUGCGGCAUAUGGAGAGCAAAGAAUGGGUAGAAAGGGGAAUGGGUCUUGAAGCUCAAGGCGGAAAGUUGGAUAAGGAUAACUGGACCAAGGCGAGAAGCCGUCAGAUGCAAGAUUCUAUGUGA